AUAUAAAGGUUUGUCCUAAUAUCCAUUUCAUUCCUAUACUUUCCUGCCCUUCCUGCCCUCUCUAUUCUCUUCUGUCUGACUGCUGCUGCGGCUGCGCAGUCAAUACCAUUUCUCUAAUCUUUCUGCACUCACUAUCACUUCGCACAAUGUCUCCUCCCAAUGCUCCAAAUCCAACCUCUGACCCACUCUCCACUGCCUCCCAUCUUACCCAUCGUGAGCUUCUCUGCCGUCGUCUUCGCAACACUAAACGUCUUAUCAAAAACUACAGACGUAUGUAUUGGGCUCUCAUCGAGCAAGUCAGGAUCAAGCAUAGGCAAUAUGUUACUGAGACCGGUCGUAGCCCUUUCGAGGAUGAACCUGAUGUUGUCGUUGACAAUUACACUAACAUAUGUGCUUUUCAUGGUUGUAUGUCCAAGCCUAUGCCUUGCACUUCAUUCUGCUUUCCGCAUAUCCUCUCCGAUCCCAGACAAGUGCUUUAUAAGCCUUGCACUUUUGUCAUCGCAAGGUCGGCGGAUGGACCUGUGACAUGCCAGAAACCUAUAAUGAGCUCCACGACUCCGUCAUACUGCACUGUCCACAUGAGAAAGGCGGAGAUGCAUCUCGCUAUGGCAUUGCAGAAGGCGGGGCUGAAUAUCUCCCCCAUGGGCAAAGUGGGGCCUAAUUUUCAUGAAUUGGUGCCUGAAUUUGUUCGUCAAAUUCAGGCAAAAAGAAGGGCAAUGAGGGUGAAGGAAUGUAGAACUGUUGUUAAGAAGGAGGAGGAUGCAGAGAAAUGUGAAACUGAGGUUAAGAAGGAGGAGGAUAAUGCUGAGGAAUGUAAAACUGAGGUUGAGAAGGAAGAUGACAUGGCUGAGGGGUGAAGAAGGGGAUACAAACAUAAAUAAUAAUCCCUGUUAUAAACCUGUUUCUAUUGGAGCAGUGUGAAUGACAGAAGACACCGAAUAAAUUUGUUUUAAUUUCAGAAAAUAAUAAAUCGAAACUUCUGAAUAAAAACCAGCCUGGUUCAUAAUACCGGCUCUCGUAUAUUGAUUUUGGUUUCGGUUUCUGGUAAUAUGAAGUGUGCAAUGCUGUUUCUUCUCAGUUUCUUCUCCUGGUCGGCGGGACGACAUUUGGAUGAUUAUUGUGCUUUAGAAAAGUGUAGUGGAGGAAUACUAUGAAGAAAUGAAAAGGAGCAACAGAUUGUGUUGGUUCUUGUUCCCAAGCAUUGUUGAGAUUGAGUUAUUUGAAUUGUAAUAUCCAUCCUUUUCAAUCUGCUUAAUCACAUUUAUUGAAUGGAAACUGAAGAUUAAUUUGCCCAA